AUUUUUAAUAUCUAUAGGAAUGAAAAGAUGGAGCCAACAACAAAUGAAGCAAACAACAUGGCACUCACCAUCCCUCCUCCUCCAAAAAUUCACUUUGUACCUAACCUUAACCUUGUUUGCAACUGGAUUCCUCCAUCAGCUGUUGAAAUGGUGCAUAAUCCCAUGCCAGACGGUAACCGUGGCUUUCGGGCCUUAGCUGUUGCUGUAUAACACAGAGGAGCGAUACGUCGAUGUCAAGACCAAGAUGCUCGAUCAGUACCUCUCCAACGCCAAUACGCUUCACCAAUACUAUGACAAGGGCCGUUUACUAAAAGUACUCGAUCAUUAUUCAAGUGAAUGG